CUCGAUGGGACUUGUUAGCGAACCUAGGCGAUUCAUCAUCUCUUUGAUUGCCGAGCAACCGAGCUUCGAUUGACCACCGUGCACAGGUCCGGAUUUUGAUGUCGAUGAUUCGAACGCGUGUCCAACAGUCUCUACGUAUGGGUACAUGGGUUGGAUGUGCAGAUCUUGGAUACGUAUUGUCCGGUAUUGGCCAUAUGCCAUUGCACCACGUCAUUUCGUCUUGGUGCAACGUCAGGGAUUCUCGUAACACCAGGACGAGCGUUGUGGAAUGGUCUUCUGCCGAGUGGUCGCCUUCUGCGAAAAUCUACUCAAACAUCAGAAUAUCGCGAGAGCUUGUGUUUCCGGGAUACUCGAGGUUUCUGUAUGACGCGCAUAGCCAGUGUCAUGGACUGGCGAUGUUUUAGUAAGGGAUGGUAGGUAUGUUGAGCUUGCGGUAGUGUUGUGACAUUUUUCCCCAGGACGUAUUUCCCAUUGGC